AUGCGGCACCUGCGAGGCGAGGUCGCGCGAGCCGCCGCCGUCCGUGUAGACCGGCUCGUCGCUCGGCUGCGGAGCGGGGCUCAUCUGCACACAACACCGUCACUGCGACGUCGCCACCACCCUCCCCGUACUCCACUUCUCACUGACUCUCCGCAUACUACUACCGUCAAAGGGUUCACCUACUGGGUGGCUAAUAACGUGCUAAAUAUUGCCAUAUCGUUCAUCGGCGUCAGCGCAUCUUCUAAAAGCUUCGUGAAGCAGCAAAAUAAUAACAAGUUGGCAAAUCAAAUAUCACUCAUGGUGAGGGUGGAACGGUUCGGGUCGGCGGACGCGACGAACGAGUUACAGAGAUUGAGAAAGUCGAGUGAGAGCGUGCAGGCAGAAGAAGCUUGCAGAGAAGCAGUAGAGAAGUGCAGACAGGGAUGUGGGCCACACAGUGGGGCGGGACAUGGUACAGUACGGGAUUACGAGUCCAAUAUAUAA